AUGGUCCCGCCGCUUGUCAGCACCCGACGGAACGACAUAAAGAUGGAAGAGUCGGAGUCAGGCGAGGAGCCCGUUGCCGGCAUGGUUAUUAGCGUCAUUCUUGCCAUGAUCUCUCUGGUUAUCAUCUCCAGUUUUCUGACUCAAAGAUUUUUAGCGGUCAAAGUCUGGAGCAGACUUCCCCCCGUCCAGUGGAGUAGGUCCCGCCCGGAGCGUGCAGUUGCUCGCCAGGUCGGCAUCGUGGUUUUCGCCAUCUACGCCGAUUCCUUUUUGUUUGUGUUUGCUACUGCCAUACUCCAAUUUGGCUUCGGUGUUGAUAGCUCGGCAUCCAUCUGCGAGUCGGCCAUUUUACUUUGUCUGGCCUGCUACGUCACAACAAAGUUUAUUAUCCGAUCCGGAAGCAAGAAACUCCGGAUACACUCCAAGCUCUACCUUUUCAACACCAUUGUGGUACUUGUGCAUAAUCGGAAUGGAGAGAUACGCCAUGAUUCCACUCAUUGUCUACGACCUGCUCGUCAAUGCCUCUAUGCCUUUAAUAGCUCUCAGCAAACUCGGGGAAAUAGAAGACUGAAGCUGGUGGCCAUGCGGACCCUUAUUGGUUGCAUCUGCACACUCACCAGCAGCGUCGUCAACCUAUCAGUGCUCAUGGGUUUGAAUGGCGAACCUGGAUGGGUGUGUCUGAUGUGUUGUAAUAGUGAUAUCUUAUUCAGCGCCAUCGUCAUCCAAUGGGUUACUUCACGGGACAGCAUCGCUUCGAACAACAACAUCGACUCUCAGACCAUGUCGCAACAAAGACACAGUAACCAUGGCGAGGAUGUCUACGAUCUCCGAAGAUCACGACAGCAAGCCAACGGGGGGAUGCUAGAGCAAAAGAACAACUCAUCGACAAACCGUGCCAGUAUCAACAGUAGCAGCCUUUCACCAAGGCCCACUCCAAGCACCAAGCCCAUAGCAGACGAUAUAGGGGACAUUGCCCUAAACAGCACGGAUCCGAUGGAGUUGAACGACACAUUGUCAAGCAACAACGCCAACAACCCCUUCAACGAAGACAACCUGAAGCGAUCCGCAACCGACGACUCAGACGAGAUACGCAUGAUAUCACUGAGUCCCAGGAAGAGGGGCACCAGUGACUCGAUAUCACCGCUAGUGCCCACCACCCAGAUCUCCCCGACAGAGGUGCGCAUCGACGUUGACUACGGAUCCAGCCUCACCCAAGCCAGCGAGGCGGCAGGGGUCAAGCUGGGAAACAGCGUCGUGAUUGCAACAGGUGGCCGCAGUGACGGAUGGAGGCGUGGAAGGAGUUCGUCGCGGAGAUACGAAGAUAGCAGUGACCCUUAG